UUUUACAAACCUGAACCUUUCCUCUCUCUGUUUCUCUCUCUCUCUCUCUCUCUGUGGCUUUCGAAGCUCUCUCUCUCUCUCUCAUCGAAUCGUCGAGAACUUGCAUGGAGUUUAGUGUUGAUGGCAAUCUUAAUGGCGAGGUGGAUGGAAAUUCUGCUGAGGUGGAGGAUCAUAGGGUCAAUGAUGAAAAUGAAACUGGUGGAAGUUCUGUUGAAGGGGCAUUUCAACAGGAUCAGGAUGAUAAAAUGAAUCAAGAUUUUUCUGGAAUGGAUAUAGUUCCUAAUGCAAUUCCUUCAGUAUCAAUGAUUCCAUCAGAUGAGCCCUAUGUGGGUCAGGAGUUCGAAUCUGAAGCAUCUGCACAUGCAUUUUAUAAUGCAUAUGCCACGCGUGUGGGUUUCAUCAUCCGUGUAAGCAAACUUUCACGAUCAAGGCGUGAUGGAUCUGCUAUUGGCCGGGCUCUAGUUUGUAACAAGGAGGGCUAUAGAAUGCCUGAUAAGCGUGAAAAAAUUGUGAGGCAAAGGGCGGAGACAAGAGUUGGUUGUAGGGCAAUGAUUUUGGUGAGGAAAGUAAAUUCUGGUAAAUGGGUUGUUACAAAAUUUGUAAAGGAGCAUACUCAUCCAUUGACACCUGGAAAAGGUCGAAGGGAUUGCAUUUAUGAUCAAUAUCCGAACGAACAUGAUAAGAUUCGGGAACUAUCCCAGCAGCUGGCUAUAGAGAAAAAGCGAGCUGCAACCUAUAAAAGGCAUCUAGAAAUGAUAUUUGAGCACAUUGACGAGCACAAUGAGAGCCUAUCAAAGAAGAUCCAAUACAUAGUAGACAAUGUCAAGGAGAUGGAAACCAAAGAACAGCAAAACCAAAGAUAGUUUAAGCAAUUUAAGCUCGUUUUUUUUUUUUUUUUUUUUUUUUUUUUUUUUUUUUGGGGACAAAACAAAAUCAAGAAAUAGCUUGGAGGUUAUUGCUGGAUGAAAUAUGCAUUGUCUUGAUUUUAAUGUUGGCAUACAUAGUUAUGAGCUUCAUUCCAGUUUUUAGGUAUCUAGUUAGUUUUAUAUCUUGGAAUAUUCUGCUCAUUGGAAUUCAUUGGAUAAUUUGUGUAGUACGAUUGUUGUUUGGAACAAAUUAUUGGUAGGAGAAACUAGGUGAGUCAAUGUACAGUCCUUGAAACCCGUCCUAGUGAAGUUGUGCUUACAAUAUAACGACUCACUGGGGCGUUAGGGUAUUCCUAGGAAGUUAAUUUUUUUCCAUUGUGUUUCAUGUAGAACUUGAUAUGUUUGUAUAGCAAUUCAAAGGAUUGUAUUAUGUUAAUGAUUUUCCAAUCUUUGAUA